AUGGCAGAGGAGGAGGUGGUGGAGGAAGAGUCCUUAAGUGGUCAGAGUAUGUCUGAGUGGAGUCACCUACUGGCCAGGGUCAAUUACCCCAUGUAUUGCGUGCGGACACUGUCUGAGCGGCACAUUCUGGUGGCCGGUGGUGGCGGACCCGCUAAGACUGGCAUCGCUAACACCCUCGAGGUCUAUGAGCUGGUCUACGACAAGUCCACCAACUCAUGCAAAGCCAGACUAAUCACUCACUACGACACCGGUUCGCGAGCGGUGAUGAACAUGUGUGUCGUCGACAAAAGCAAUUACUGCUACCAAUUGUUCUGCGGAGGAAUGGAUGGGAUGUGCACUCAAUACGACCUGAAGCUGAAC